GAGUUUUUGAAAGUUCUCGCGCAUUUUCACGAUUUCACUAUUUCUCAUGUUGCAGUUAUUGCAUUUAUACUACGAGUAUGAAUUUCAGUUUUAGCCUACCAGUGUGAGUGUUACGUAGAUUUUGAUGGAGUGCUGCAGCUGCUGCUGGACGAAUACUCGUUUCAUCUCCGUUUCCCCUCUGCUGUGAGGAGCAUGUUUUCCUCAAAUGAUUCCACGGUAUUUUGGGACGCUGUCACCACUACUCGUAGUGGACAGAUUGCUCCCUAGUUGAUUAGCUGUUGGGCAGGAAUCUCCCAGUUUCGAAAUAUUGACUCGAGGAUUGGCUCCACUGCAGAUUUGCUGCGUGAAGAACUCUCGUCUCUAAGGCAGGAGCGAUGUCCGAUCCGGUAACAUGCGCCGUGCUGUUAUGUCCUUCGGCGGAGCAGUCGCGUUCUUUACGGAGUGUGUGUUUCUUCGAUUUCCCGCAUCCGAACGAUCCGCGCUAUCCCGUCUGGAUUGAGCGCACUCUGCGAUCAGAAGACUGGACUCCGUCUUCAUCCAGCAAGAUCUGCAGCAAACACUUUCGUUCGACCGAUAUCAUCGCGUUGCCGCACGCAGAUGAUUCCAAACGAACGGAGAAGCGGCUGAAAUACGAUGCGCUGCCGUGUGUUUUCGAAGGCAUCCCCGAUUCCAUGCGUCCACCAGCCGAUGUGGUGCCGCGCGCUGACAGCCCCGAAAUUAUUCUGGCUGGUCAGAUAGGGAAGCAAUUUGUCAACCAAGGCAUUUCCGAUUCUAUGCGACCGCCAACCGAUGUGGUGCCGCGCCCCGACAGCCCCGAAAUCGUUCCGACCACUAACUGUUCAAAGAAGCGGUCUGCCGAUUGCAUGGACGACAACAUCUGUGAUGAAACUCAGAAAGAAUCCAGUGACCUCCUGAAUGCCUCAACCGAAGUCGCCGAGGCACCCACAAAUGCGCAUUUGAAUGUUUCACUCACAGAUCCAGCAAUCCUAUCGAAUAACUCUACAGGUGCGAAUGCCCCCGGACCUGUUUUUUCGGCAGCCGCAGUUUCAGGCGCGAAAAGGACCAGACUUCUUCCUCCUCCUGUCGUCUGCGCGCCGAAAACAAUCCCCAUUCGACCCCCGUGUUCGUUAGCCCGGAAGUUCGUCGACGGACGACUAACAGGGGUGCAGCACUGCUCGCAGCACAUACCCGUGGAUUAUCCUGCUCCCACGGGCGCCGACGAGGCCCUCAGGUGCUGUGUUCCUGGAUGUCUUAACCGGCGCGAUAAUAAUCCGCAAGGGAGAAUCUAUUUUCACGCGUUUCCCACGGACAAGCGCUUCCAGACCGAAUGGAUCAAGCGGGUUGCGUUUUCUAGCUUUUGGCAGCCGGCUGCGCAUUCCGUUGUGUGCAGCGUCCAUUUUCUCAGCUCGGAUUACGGUUUUAUUGGUAGCAUUUUGUGUCUGAAACCGACAGCGAUUCCGUCACGGUUGGGAUGCCGGAACGGACUGAUGCGGAAGUUGAAUGGACCGUGCCCGUUCAGUCGGGUGUGUGCCAUCUGCGGGUGUUGGAGAGCCAUCAAGCAGGACUCCUACUACAAAUCCGCGUCGCGAAUGGCGUUUAUUCCGUUUCCUGAAGAACCGAGCGAGCGACAGAAAUGGUUGACGGCCUGUAAUGGAGUUUCGUGUGAGGGUCAAUUAUAUGCCUGCGAGCGGCACUUUGUCCUGGCUGACAUUCUGGCACGCUUUGAGCAGGACAGAGAAAUGAAAUUCGAACUGCAACGACGUGACGAUAUCCUGCCACAUCCCAGCUUCCCUGUUUUUAUUCCGUUCCCUCUGGAAAAGCGAGCGCCGACAAUGUCCGGUAGCACACAGGUUGCCAUUGGUCCACUUUCUUCACCUACGAAUAGCUCCAACAGCAGCAAAAAUCCCUUGAAUGGGGCCGUUCUACAGAACCCGACGGUUGCAAAUACUCCAUUUUCUUUAGUGAUACGGUCAGCAAAGCAUUCUACCAGUCCGGAAGGUUACAGAAUCUUACUGAUGCCUAAGCAGAUUGCACUUCCGGCUGUUGCUUCUCCGACUGCGCUUCCUCCGGUUGGUCCUUCGAGGGAAGCUUUUGUUCGAACCAAUCCAUCAAUACCAAUGAAGCCAUCCCAGCUGCCGACAUGCAGUGAAUGUGGUAUGCGCUUCGGCGCAGACAUACAGUAUUGUGCCGUAUCCACGAGUAUGAGCACGGAAACAUGGCAGUAUCUGACGAUCUGAUAAGCACAACCGCGUGCGCUGCAUGUGCAGCAAAAUUUGACAGCUUCGCCGCGUUGGUACAGCAUGUGAAGAUUCACGGUAGACAAACGGAGGAAUGUCCCGUUUGUCAGCGACGUUUCUAUGCAUUG